AAGGAGGUGAUGAGAACAUUUGGUCGUGCAGACUGAGAUCAGAUCAACGCAGGACUGCAGGGUUGUGCGUGAGCCAACAUUGAUGUUAAACACUCCAAAAAAGAUGAAUAAAGGCUCCACUGCUAAUAAUGACACUGGCUGUCCAGCCAAGUCAACUUGCCGUUACGGUCACAUGACUGAAAAUCAUGUGACCCGUGCCACACAGCUCAGUGUGCGCGAGGAAAAACAAGGUCCGGUCACAACGAACAAACAGGAAGUCAGACGGCAAUCGGGUCGUACGACCUCCACCUCCGGUCUGACCUCGUGCUCUCAUCAACGCCGCUGGUCCAGUGACUGUUGCCACAGCAACAGCUCCCCUGUCAUUAUUGUCAAGAAAAACGUGGGGGAACCACAGCCUCCUCAGCGGGGGGCGUCCCUUCUGAGAUGCCAUCCUCCAUCUCCCUGUCCAAGGCAACGCUAUUCUAGCCCAAUUACCGGGAUAGACUCCACAACUCAUCUGUCGACGUCCUCGUCUUCUUCCUGUUCUUCUCCUGUCCGGACAUCUGUCAUAACCGGCCAUGACCCUCUCGGUUGGAAGUUACGUCCCAAAUCCAGCACCUCCUCCAAUCGGGCUCACACUAAUAGGUUGUCACUGCAGAUGCCAAUCCCCGUCACCAUUCCUGAUCCGAAUUUUCUCCUAUCCAACACAUCUGCCACAUCUCCACUUGACCCCAUACGGAAAACUAAAACCCACUUCGAAUUCAAACCAUCCCGUCGCCACCACUCUGACUCCUCGGCCUUCCUCGGUUCCAUGCCUGUGGUGACACUUGAGGAGCUCCGUGACGUGCACCUCCGCUCCGCCGUUCGCUCGGAUGAACGGGACGACGUCUUCUGUGAAGAGAAGGCGACCCCUCAGCCGCACAAAAAGCCACCAGCUGUUCCAGAAAAAAGUCCUCUGGCAAGAAAAAUAGCACAACUUAUUGCUCAUUCGUGGCAGCACCAAAUGCGUGCUGCCCGUAAAAUUGAGCAAGAGGAAAUCAUUUACAGUGUAAUGAAGCCAAAAUCGAAAAGACAAUAACCUGAAAACCAUUGCACCCUGUAUGCCAAAAUAAAUGGCAUGCGCUUGAAAAGUGAUGAAUAAUCACCAAUGUACAAACAAUACUUUGCUCACUGGAUGGUGAGAGCAAUUGUGCAUUUGUUCCCAUGUGCUUUAGUUUAAAGAGGACCCCCAAAGUUAAACACUAUCAUUCCGAGGCGUUAUUUUAAUUUCAAAAUAUUUUUUCCCCAUAGGAAAUAAUGGAGAGUGAACUAGUUCUAGGCGUUGACUGCUGCCAUCAUAAAGCCUUUAACUCUAAAGGGAAUUUUAAGGAACAUUACAACAUCCUAACUGUUAUACAACAGCAACAAAAAACAAAAAUGCUUAAAAAAAUAAAAAUAAAAAAAAUAUAUUUUUCAAUAUAAGCAGCUCACACAAAAAUGUUCAUUUUACACUUGAUAGAUGGGCAAACAGAGAUUCAGCUAUUUUUACUUAAGCAAUAAAAACAUUUUUGCAAUAUGUCCCCUUGAAAGCUGCCAUACAUUCAUCACUAUUUUUGUUCUUUAUACUUUUCUUUCUACAUGCUAUAGGUGUCUUUACUUCCACCCUUGGUUGCUUCUGUAAAUUGCCUAUGGUAUUUUGUGCAAGAACAGUGCUUGUUUUAUUCCCCAAAGUUAUGCAUCCCCCCCAUUGACUUCUGUUUUUUUUUAUAAUGAUGAGACAUUGUAAUAAAGAUGUUUUAGUAAAAUUCUUAAACAACAGUAGUGUGACUG